CUGGACUGCAGCUGGCUACAGAGACAGAAGGAGGCACACCUGAGAGGAUCUCACAUAGCCAGAGGAGCCUUCCAACACCACAGACACUCACACAGACCAGCCACCAUGUCCGCCGCCGGAGCUACCGAGUACGACCCUGAUGCAGAAUUUGUGUACGACUACCAGACUCUUCGUAUUGGAGGUCUGACAUUCGUUGCAGUCAUCUUGAUCCUGUCUGUUCUCCUGCUGGCCAGCAACAAAAUCCGCAGGUGUGGAAAGCCCAGGGAAAGAAAGGUUGAAGAGAAACCCCUAGCGUAGGACGGCUGGGCGCUUGUGUGUUGUUGACUGUAACGUGUGAGACUGCAUUCCUUUUUGUAUUGAUAAACUGUGGACCCAC